AUGGCUCUCAAGCUCUGGACGAACCCCGCUAACUUCAGAGCAUUCAAGGUUCUGAUCGCCGCCGAAUACAACGGCGUGGAGCUUGAGGUGCCCGAGUUCAACCACCCCAGCGACAGCAAGUCCCCAGACUUCCUUGCGAAAUCUCCGCUCGGACGCGUGCCUGUCCUGGAAACGCCCCAGGGCUCAAUCUUCGAGUCGAAUGCCAUCGCACGGUACGUCGCACGCAUGCGUCGUGACACCGAGCUCUACGGUGUUUCUUUCUUCGAGUCUGCCCAGGUAGACUCCUGGAUCGACUUUUGUGCGCACGAAAUUGAGCUUCCGGCCACCAUCUGGUGCUACCCAGUAAUCGGCUACAUGCCGUACAACGACGCCGCCGUUAGCAAGGCGAAGGAGGACCUGAAGAUCGCUCUGGGUGCUCUUGAAAAAGCCUUGCUGCACAGAACGUACCUGGUCGGCGACAAGAUCACCCUGGCCGAUAUCACCGUGGCUUCGGCCCUGGUGUACCCCAUGAAGCUCGUCGUGAGCCCCGAGUACCGCAAGGCAUUCCCGUGUGUGACUCGAUGGUUCACUACCUGUGUCAACCAGCCUCAAUUCAAGGCUGUGAUCGGGACCGUGGAGCUAGCCAAGGAAGAAAUGACCGCGGAAGGAGCCCCAAAGGCACCGAAGAAGGAGAAGAAGCCACAGCCCGCGAAGAAGGCGAAGAAAAAGAAGGAGGACAAGAAGGAAGAAGACGACGGCUCCAGGGACUUGGGGAUGCCCGCAGAGGAGAAGAAGGCCCCUCACCCCCUCGCCGUUAUGGACAAAGAGGCGAAAUCGCCGUUUGUGGGAGACACAUGGAAAAAGAUUUACUCCAACAACUCGUACGAGGAGAGCAUGAAGCAAUUCUGGGAGAUCUUCGACGCUGAGGGAUGGUCCCUCUGGAUUUGCCGGUACAAGUACAACGCUGAGAACACUCGUUUGUUCAUGACGUCGAACCUGGUGGGCGGGUUCAUCCAGCGUUCCGGCGAGAUCAGGAAGUGGGCGUUUGGCUGCAUGCAGAUCACCGGCGAGGAGGGAAAGGAGUUGAUCGUGUCCGGAGCGUGGCUCAUCCGUGGACAGAGCAUCCAGCCCAUGGUAGACGCCAACGAUGACGCCAACUGGUACGAUUGGGUGAAGGUUGCCACGCCGGUCUCCGACGCGGACAAGGCCCUCGUCACAGAGAUGUGGUGCAGCGAGACCACAGUCGAGGGUAGGCCCGUGCUCGAUGGCAAGGUCUUCAAGUAAAAUAAACAGAUUUCCGGUGCAUCUUUCUGGCUUUUGUUUUUGGCUUGCCGUAUUUGAGAGUGCUCCAGAACCUAUCUCGUGGACGCACCCGAGAACAUUCGCGGCGAAACUAAUGGCUAGAUGACAGUGAUUGCCCUAUGCCCGGCCAUGGCGAAUUCCUGGUCCCGGAAUGUGUCUCGGAACAAGAGGGAAGGUUGGCUCUUGUUGGUUGUUGUUGGUUCGGGCGGGGUUUUUGAGUUUUCCCCCUAACCCUUCCUUCGGCUGCUGCUUGUUUCAGGCACUCUGCCUCGCUGAGGUGUGAUAUGUGAUUUAUUGCCGGUUCGUGGUUAGCUCUUUGGACUUUCGAGGAGUGACUCGUGGUACACGUGGACGACCGACCAGCCCGUGUGGGAAAGUGUUCCUCUCCUACAAUCUGAAAACCAUAGCUCAUGCCACACAUGAUUGUGACCUUGACAUGGUGUUGUCACCCCUGUUGCUUACCCCACCGAUUAAAAAGAAGGAACGACGAUUCUCCGGAACCCUGCUGGGUUUGUUAUUUUUGCUUGCGCCCACUAUCUCGGGUCAUGAUCUUAAGUCAUCGCACAGACCUCGACUUGUCACGACAUCGGUAGGAUGCUUUUCAGGACAGCCACGUUCUUUGUCCACGAACCAUUAUGUGAUUAUGUGCCUUGGCUUUGCGUCAAACUGGAGAAAUGUUUCAACUUAAAAGUAGUCUGGUUGCCGUUGCUUCCAGGCUCUCUUUCGUACUCGUGGGAGGCAAUCUUCACGCAGCUGUCCGUUAAGUCGCUCAAUGCUCAAGUUGCUUGACCA